CUUCACGCUGCUAGGCUGCUCCAGAUGGGAACGUGAUGUAGUCUUUACAAGGCUGAACUACAGUAGUGACCACGGGACUACACAAGGUUUCAUGUCAUUCAACAACCACACAAAAAGAUGUCUGCUGAGCUCUACUGUGUGAGUGAACCAGGUGGAAAUAAUGCAAGUGUUCAAAGCAACACAAUGGGGGGAGGCAAACCUUUACACCGCUUCUUGAAGGGGCAACCCAAGAUUAUUGGCAUCAUCGUGCUGGUCAUGGGGUCGUCUUUCUUCACCGUUUCCAUAGCGACCAUGCCAACAAAGUCAUCCAUAUGUGCAGUCAUCCCCUUCUUUAUGCAAAUACUGUUCAUCAUAUCAGGGAUUGUGUAUAUCCUGACAGAGCACAGCCCAACAAAGAAAACAGUAACCAUUUCGUUGGCUCUGAGUAUUGCGACCAUACUGGGGACAUGUUGGACUCUCCUGUGCAUGGUGCCCUCCGUAGUUAGCUACGGCUACUACCGCAGCCAUGAUUCGGCAUCAUUUCAAGACAUGGAACUGUCUGUGGAUCUGAUCUUUAUUGUUAACAGUGUCGUGGGAGUAAUUAUUUUCAUUGUAAUGUCAUGCCUGGCCACUUCUGCCCUGCGUUCUACAAAGAGCCAGUUCAUUGUAGUGAUGUCUACUACGCCAGCUGAAACACCAGUUGAAUAAGAGGAAGGUCUAAAAUUGGAUAAAUUGAGCAGAGUGAAAACAUAAAAAGCACACAAAAACAGCCAAGCAUUUCACUUUUGUGGGCACAACAGCAUAUAUCAUUUCUAAAUACUGACCUCUGGUAACUAGUAUUUUUUUAUGUUGUUUAUCAUUUUAAUACAGAUAAUAUGAAUAUAACUAUA